AAUGGGUCAGAGCCUUUCUGCAGGGGCUUUCUUGCGUAGAAAAGACCCUCUAGAAAACUCGACACUAAGCAGACAAGCCUCGGUUCGAACCUGUGCCUCUUAUUUGUCUUCACGAGCGAAUGAUGUGGACAGUAGAAGAAUCCUGGAUUUGGACAACAGGUUCUUUCUCAACAGUGAUUUUGGGAGGGAAGAUCCAUAUGGGUACUCCUCUAGAGUGUACUACAGAUCAAAUGUGAAUGUGGGUGAAGGAGUUCCAUUCCAAUGGGAAGCACAGCCAGGGAAGCCCAAGACUGAUCAUGAGCAACAUGGUUUUUUAAAUGUGCCUCUCAGCCCUCCUCCUUCCUUCUUCAGCUCACCAGGUGAGCAAAAGAUGUAUAACAAGAUUAAGAAGAUUAAAAGCAAGUCCAGGAAAAUCCAUGGCCCUUGUGCAGGUUGUAUUCCAUUCAGUAUUAAGAAGGUUUGAUCAUGAUCUAUAUAGCUCCUAGGUGAGGUUACUAGCUUCAAAUUACUGGUUUGGAGACUUCUUUAAAUAUUUCUAAAGAUAAUUUUGGUUGGUCCACUGUUUGGGGAAUUAUUUGUUGUCAG